CUCAGCGUAAUGGUAGUCUCAUACAGUACAAAGAAGUUGGCAGUUCAAGUGUAUUCCACUCCAUUUGAUCGUGCUGGUCAGUCAUUCAUUCGUGAUUCUUGUUCAUAUCACUACGACUAUUUGCUAACUGUCAUUCGUCAAAUGCACAUCCGUUCAUUCGCACUAAGCGUGCUGCUGCUGGCAUUGACCAUUGCGGCUGAACGAGCCAACGCUGCAUCGCCCUCGUCGUCGUCGUCGUCGUCGUCGUCCUGCCGCGACCUCGGCUUUUCAUCGUCACUUCUGUGCUCGAGCUGCGACAACCUCGACACGUUCUCGCUCGGAUUCAUGAAGAGCGACUGUCUCAGGUGCUGCCAGUCCGAAAUGAGCUCAGAGGAGCGUAUCAUGAGCGCCAAGAGCGGAAGAAUUCACAUUGAAGUGUGCCAGUGCAACUGGGCACGUUAUCCCGAUAUCAAAGAUUUCAUCACGCAGGACGCCGUCAACUUUCCGAAACUCGAGGUGCAAUACAAGUCUGGCGUGUUGCCUCAGUUGGUCGCAACCAAUUCUGCCGGUCAAGAGGUGGACCGCAAGCCGAUUGGUGCUUGGAAGCGGGACGUGCUCAAGGAGUAUUUGACCACCGUUUUCUCAUAGACCGCAGCAGCGUUACUCCUCGUGCCCCGAGCCCACCACAUGAUGCGUGCAUAGCUCACUGUGAUUCUGUAUGAAUCGACUAGCGAUUGUUGCCCCCAUUCCCUUGUACCCACGUUGCAACUUUACGACGUGUUUUCUCAACCCAUUGUGUUCGUUUUCAUUCCAUUUCCCACCUGUACCCUCAAUAAUAAUGAACCCAACCCCACA